CAAACAUUGCAUACGUACGAGUGGGACUUCUUUCCUCAAAUUAAUAUUUGUUUAUGGUCCAAGCCACAAGCAUGCCAACUUUCAAGGCUGUUGUUGAUCUUAGGAGUUCUCAAAACUUCAGUCCUCCAUCUGUCUGUGAUGAGCUAUACCAAGCAGUGUUGACUGAGAUAGUAGAGGUUUUGGUAUCAGUUUGCAAAACUCACAGGAUACCGUUAGCUCAAACAUGGGCUCCAUGCCACCAACAAGGCCACGCCGGCGAGAACUAUGCUCGUUGCGUCUCUUCUGCCAGCUUAGUCUCUGACCUCGAACUCCUUGGCUUCCACGAGGCCUGCUCUCAGCAUCACUUGUUUCGCGGCCAAGGCAUCGUUGGUGCAGCUUUCACCACCAACAAGCCUUGUUUCGCUACUGACACAACAUCCUUCGACAAAACAGAAUACCCUCUUUCUCACCAUGCCAGGAUGUUCGGCCUGCGUGCAGCCGUGGCCAUCCCCCUAAGAAGCAUCUCCGCCGGCUCCUUUUUCGAUUUCGUGUUGGAGCUUUUCUUGCCUAAGGAUUGCCAAGACCCGGAAGAGCAAAAGCAAAUUUCCAACUCUUUAUCCUUUGUUAUACAACAAGCUUGUGAUUGUAAGAGUUUACGUGUUAUUGUAGAGAAAGAGCUUGAAGAAGAUCGAGUGAUGUUACCGACUGGGGAUCAAACAGUGGUUUCUACUCCAGAAGGUCUCAAACGAGGGAGUGCUACUACUACGACUACAACAAAUACUACUACUUAUCCUGUUGGAGUUCAAUCCUCUGGGAAAGAAUCUUCUUGGGUCGAUCAUAUGAUGGAGGCACAGCAGCAAGGGAGAGGGGUCUCUGCCUCACUAGACUAUCUGACAGAAGAGCCCGAUGAAGAGUUCAGGGUGACACCUCAUGGGGUCAACUUGAAUCAUGGAGAUCUGCCCAAAGGGAAGGUGUCUACAGAUUUCGGCCAACUUCAGAAGUGUUCUGGGUUCAAAGAGUCAAGUAACGGAGGUGCAGAUUCUCACUCUUUUGAUUGCCAUAGCUCUUCUGGGGCCAGAAAAGCAGGGGAAAAGAGGACUGGGAGUACAGAGAAUAUAAGCUUGCCUGUUCUUAGGCAGUACUUUGCUGGGAGCCUAAAAGACGCUGCUAAGAGUAUAGGAGUUUGCCCCACCACUCUGAAAAGGAUAUGCAGGCAACAUGGAAUAACUAGGUGGCCAUCUCGAAAGAUCAAAAAGGUUGGCCACUCAUUGAUGAAACUCCAACUCAUGAUCGAUUCUGUCGAAGGUGCUGAUGGAGCUAUUCAAAUCGGAUCCUUUUACUCAAGCAUCCCACAGCUUAACUCUCCAAAGUUUCCAGGGAACAAUAAUGACUCUUCUUCAUCAGUCAAUCCAAGUAAACAACAAUAUAAUCAGCAUUUAAAUAGCCAAUCAAACUCUCAACUAGAGAGUGGCAUAUAUAAUCAUGGGUUGGCCAUGAAACCCCCAUCAUCCAUGUCCAGUCAAGCUUCUGCACUUCAUCAACACAAAACCAACACUUUCGAUGGAUUCAAUGGAGACUCUUUAAUAACAGAGGACACUUCUGUGAUUCUCAACGGAUCUUGUAGUAGUGAUAGAGAAUUACUUGCCUCCAGCCGAGAGGAGAAUCAGAUUAUGGAUCAAACUUUGCCUCCAUUGCCUGAAAACAAUGUGGGGAUCGACUCAAGAAAUAAGUCAGCGUUUAGAGUUAAAGUAAAUUUUGGUGACAAGAAGAUCCGGUUCAGUUUGAUAGCCAACAGCUCUUUCAGAGAGUUGCAGCUCGAGAUUAUGAAGCGAUUCAAUCUUGAUGACAUUGCUAUGAUUGAUAUCAAGUACUUGGAUGAUGACAGAGACUGGAUUUUGUUGACCUGCGAUGCUGAUCUUCAAGAGUGCUUUGAACUUCACAGCCAAUCUCAGAAUCAUAAAAUGAGACUGUGCCUUCAACAAACUUCGUCUGAACAGCGAAUUGAAGCAAGUCAUUUUGAAAGCAGCAGCAGCAGCCAUGCUAGCGGUAACCAUUACCGGCCUGUCUAGCUACUUAACUAUGUGGUAUUGGUAUUUCAAAUCGUAUAUAUGUGUGUGUGAGAGUGAGUGCGUGCGCGCAAGACAUGAAUUUGUUGCAUAUGGUUGUAAUGUUAGAAUUUAGCUAACUCUGCUUUGUCUAAAGAGAUGAUGUUUAUGCCUGUAAUUUGUAAACACUGGUUUAUGUGAUCAUUUUUCUUGUCAGUAAGAAACCCUUUCAACCUUGUUCUUUAGA